AUGAGUCUUCUGCUUCAUCUUCUCUGUGCCGUUGCCACCUUCUACGACACUGCUGUUGCAGAAACCUUCAGCCAUGUGGUUUACAACCACAACUCCAAGUGCAUUGCUUACAAAGCCCUGCCCGCGUGCUUUGGGCCACCGCUCCCAGUGGAAGGACUGACAGGAUAUAUGAUCAGGGCGACACCACCAAAAGCUUGCCAUGCCAUAGAGCAUCCUCCAGCAACCCAUAACACCUCUGAGAUAUUUAUUGCACUCAUCGAGGGGUUGGGCUGCUCCUUUGUUGAGAAGGUCCUUCAUGCCCAGCAGGCUGGAUACCAAGCUGCUGUUGUGUACAACGUGGAUUCAGAGAAGCUGAUCAACAUGAUGCCUGAUGACACAGGAACCCACGAGCAGAUUGAGAUACCAUCGCUCUUCACCGGAGAAUCAGUCUUCCUCCACUUGCAAAGGAUUUUGCAUUACGAGAAAGGGGCCUGCAUCAGCCUUAUACCGCCCAAACACUAUUUCAAUCCUUGUCAAGAUGCUGCUAAAAUUUUAUGGGACACGACUUGGCAGUACUGGCUACUCCUGAUGAAAUACCCCUCUUACUACAUCCUGAACUGCAUCGCACAGGAGUUGGGAUUCAGCAUGGUCAACAUGAUCAUCGCCGCUCUCACGCUCGUGAUCGGCAUGAGCUGGUACAAGAAAGCCCAUCGGAUAACGGUCCGCACCUACCAGCGGGGAGACAAAUACGAAACCUGCGUCAUCUGCAUGGCAGAGUACGAGGAAGGAGACCAGCUGAAGAUCCUGCCCUGCUCGCACGCCUACCACUGCGCCUGCAUUGACACCUGGCUCUAUACCCAGCCCGGGAAGAAGACGUGUCCCUUCUGCAAGCAGCAGGUGAACCCCCAUGGGCAAUGCGUCCACCUGGACCUAAGGAAUAACCCACCAGAGCACGCUGGUGAGGGCUUGAAUGAGGAGGAAGAGGAGGAGGAGCAGAACCACGAGGACGGGGCAUUCAGAGAAGGGCAUGGGGAUGAGUACGUAGAGGGGGAGAAAGACGACUACGCAAGCACAGGGGAAGAGGAAGGCUUUGAAGACCUGGAGAACAGCAGCAUUUGA